CAGUCGGUUGAGUGUCUGACUUCAGGUCAUGAUCCCAGGAUUGUGGGAUCCAGCCCUGGGUCGGGCUCUGUGCUGAGUGUGGAGCCUGCUUGGGAUUCUCUCUCUCUGCCCCUUUCCCGUGCUCAUACAUGUGGUCUCUCUCCCUCCCUCUCUAAAAUAAAAUUCAAAAGAAAAUGAAGAAUGUGGGGGACACAGAGAGGAGGAGAUAGGAGAAGACCAGGGUGGGGCCUGUGGACAGGACACAGACAAAAGGUUCGCGGGAAUGAGAUGCGCCAUCGCAGUGACAGUACCUAGUGCACAGCAAAGGACUAAAGAAAGGAAACUAGCCGGCAUCUGACACCCCUCUGCCUUCCGCUGGGGAGCUCUCACAACCAUGUUAAAAAUGCCUGUGGCUAGAGGGGCCUCGCAGAGUUGAGGAUUGAGGUGCAGCCGGCAUGUGGCCAUCAUGAUGACUGUUGUGUUGUUCGCAGAGGGGCCGACCCAACGUGGGAUGCAGAGCUUCCUGAAGCUGCUGAGGGAGAGUGGGGGCGCUGGGCCACCCCUGGCGGAGCUGGUGACUCUUGCAGGCAGGCUGUGCCGAGACCUCCAGGAUGACCCCGCCCAGGUGCAGCCCUUGGUCACAGCCGUGUUGGACAGUCAGCUCCGCCUGCACCUCUUGGACAAUGCGGACGUGGCCUUCGUGUGUGCCCGGGUGCUGGCCCAGCAAGAGCAGCACCAGGCUGCCUGCCGGGUGCUGGAGGGUUGCCGUGUGCCCGGAGGCAGCCAGGAGCUGGUCCAGCUCUGGAACGACAUUCACUACCAUCUGGUCAUGAAGCGGCUGGGCGUGGCUGUGCUAACCCCAGUGCAGAAGUUCCGCUGCAGAAAGAGAAACCCACCACCCCUCUCCCUCUGCCCUGAUGGCCUGAAGAGCCGAAACUUUCCCAGAGAGGUUCGCCGGAAGCUGCACGACUUUGCCUCGAGCGUGAGCACCAACCCCAGCAAGGCCGAGCGGGAGAACCUGGCCUUGGAGACGAGCCUGACCGUAGAGCAAGUGUACAACUGGUUUGCCAAUUACCGGCGGCGCCAGAGGGCCCUUCUCCAGCGCCUGGAGCCAGCGCCGGAGGACACAGUAGAGGACCCCAGUGUGAGGGAGAGGGGUCCGGACCGCCCCCAGCCCUCAGACCACCCCCACCUUGGCUCUGGGUGUGUGGACAGGCCUCAGUGGCCAGCAGGACAGGAGGAAAGUGGGCCUGCACAAUCCAGAGAGACCGCCCAAGGGCCAUGGGAGUCGCUGGCCCUGGCCCCGGACUUUUCUGGAGAUGAGACUAUGCCAAAGCCAUUGCCUCCCAGGUCUCUGCAGGGUGGUGAGAUGUACCAGGAGGGGCCUGGCCAUGAUCCUGUCACUCUUCCUGCCAUCUGCCCAGGCCCUGGCGUCUGUCCUCUGGCUGCUGGCAGUGACAUGCUAGACCCUUCUCUGGCUGCCCCUGAGUCAUGGCUGAUGUCUCUUGCACUGGCGUCCUCCAGGGAAGUUUCCUUCCAGACCGGGCAUCUGGUUCACGGGCCUGGGUUGGACUUCAUGAUGCGCCCUGCAGAUGCAGCUGUGGCUGUGUCCGUUACUGCUCUGGGUGAGCCCAGCUCCACAGCUUUCCGAGUGUUUCCUCUGAAGACUUAUGGCUGGAGCCCUCCUUCCUGUUUCCAUCCCAGUGACGUUUCCCUAGACCUGGUGUGGGGUCACCAUCCCGAGUGCUCCUCUCAUUGUCUCCUUGGGUUUGCAUCGGUGUUUCCUGAAUUGCAGAGACCUACGUUUGCCUGUCCAAAUUUACCAACAAGGCUGGAGUGGGGCAGUCACUGGCCAACUUCACACUGGGACGAGGGGAGCUGGUCUUCACACCAGGUCCAGCACAUGUGAGGGGUGAUGUUCUCUAGGAACUGGUGAGCCUCCCUGCUGACUGCCUGAGCACCAGGAUGUUACCCUGCUCUCCCUUACCGCUCCCUCCCUUCCAACCUCCUUAGGGUUCUCAGGACCUGACCUUAUACCCCACCUUCCUUUCGGAUGCCCUACCAACAUAGGAUGUACUUGUGCCCUGGGUCUGCAGACUGUGGACAUCUCCCUUCCACUAAUUAUCCCUUCCCUGACUCUCCCUUUGUUCUGGGCUUUUUGCUUAUUACUUGUUUUUCUCUUGGAGGAAGAAGAUCUAACCCAGUGAUCUUUUAUGUUUGAAUCAGAAAUGCUCAAAUCAGCACUUAAACUGUAUUUAAUGUAUCUCAGAGUACUUUUAAAGUUCCACAGAAAAGAGGAAACAGUGGAAAGUGGAGGUAAAAUCAUACAUACACCAAAUUGUCAGGAAAGUUCCUUUGGUUUGAGAUUGUCUGGGCAGCUGGCUGGCAGGUUGGGUCGUCACUCUGGCAGACAAGACAAAGGACUGUGAGCCCCGCCUGGCUGGCCUGUUGUUCUGAGUCGGAGAUCAGGGAUUCCGAUGCUAGGUUUACCACCUGGUAGACUCAGGGAAGACACGAACCUUCCUCCUUCCCUUCCUUUGCUCCAGAAUGUUUGUUGACCCAGAAUUGAUCAGAUUCACCAUGGCUUAUCUUGAAUGAUAUAUGGAGAUACUCUCUUCAAUGUAGAGAGAAGGAGCCAGGUAAGGUCGUGACACCUUGCACCUCAUUGAAAUCAUGGUGAAACCUCAGGUAAAAGGUGAAAACGAAAAUAGCUAAGGGCUGGUGGCUCAGCCUUUAAUGGACCAGCACGAGAUAAACUGAGAAGUGGACUGCCCAUUCCCUGUCCUCAUGCAGCAGGGGUGUGUGGGGGGCAGAUUUGGAUGCUGAAUCUUUGGCAUUGGGGGCUGGCAUGAAGUCUGGGUUAAUUAAGCAGAACUUGAAGUCUGCAAAAUUGGACUUUGUCUUUGUUUCUGAAGCCUAAAAAGGCCAUUGAGAUCAACAGUCGUGACUGUUCCUCAGCAAGGGAGGCUGAGGCUUGAGGCCUGCCAGGUUGGAUGCUGCUUCUCUCCAUGGAGGUCUUGAUUGUGCUGCUUGUGGGCUGUGUUCUCUUCUCCCAGCACUGGGUUGUGGACUUUGUUUCUGUGUAGGAUUCGCUGACCCACCUGUUGGCAAUCCGCAGAGC